GAAGUGCUUGUUUGUGUUUUGAUUCUAAAGGGAAGUUGCGAGAGAAAAGAAAAGGAGGGGACGGUCGGGGUUCGGCGGAGUUCAACAUCAGCUCACCCCCAAAACCCAGGAGAAACGCUCGUUCAUCCCCAUCGCCCGAAAUCACUUUACACGUCCAGCUCUUUCUGGAACAGUGCAGUGUGAGCGUGCCAGACGGAGAAGGGGACAUUGACAACUGUCAUGGCCAAUCGGGGAGGAGCGACCCGGCCCAAUGGGCCCAAUGCGGGCAAUAAGAUCUGCCAGUUCAAACUGGUCUUGCUGGGAGAGUCAGCUGUGGGCAAGUCCAGUCUUGUGCUUCGUUUCGUCAAAGGCCAAUUCCAUGAGUUUCAAGAGAGCACAAUAGGAGCGGCCUUUCUGACACAAACAGUGUGCUUGGAUGACACAACGGUGAAGUUUGAGAUUUGGGACACUGCUGGACAGGAGCGCUACCACAGCCUGGCUCCCAUGUAUUACAGAGGUGCCCAAGCUGCCAUUGUGGUCUAUGACAUCACCAAUGAAGAGUCAUUUGCAAGAGCAAAGAAUUGGGUGAAGGAGCUCCAGAGGCAGGCCAGCCCAAACAUUGUCAUUGCUCUUUCUGGAAACAAAGCUGACCUUGCUAACAAAAGAGCUGUUGACUUCCAGGAUGCCCAGUCUUAUGCGGAUGACAACAGUUUGCUAUUCAUGGAGACGUCAGCUAAGACCUCCAUGAAUGUGAAUGAGAUUUUCAUGGCCAUUGCUAAAAGGUUGCCCAAGAGUGAGCCCCAGGCUGCUGGAACCAACAGUGGGCGGAGUAGGGGCGUGGACCUAACUGAGACAGCCCCACCCGCCAAGGCCCCCUGCUGCAGCAACUAAUGCAAACAUCCCACACACCAAACUCUGUUACCACAACAACUAACGCAAGGCCCUGCCCCUCCCCUGACUUGGUUAUGACUGUAACUAAUGAUAUGCCCUGCUCUCUUCCUUUCCAUAACUUGGUGGCCAGCAGUAACAAAAGCUAUGCCCUGACCUUUUUUUCAUGUACAAGGCCCUUCAUUCUGUUUCCUGAAGGUUAUGGCUUGUGUCCAAACAUUACUCUGCUUUCACAAAUGCUCAUCAGAUAAUUCUUCCUUAUGCCAUUUGCUAGCCCUAGGCACAGGGGCGGGGCUUCUGCAAGAAUCCACCCAUCCUGUCAAUAGCUAAAGACUCUAUAGCCUUGAUUUCUCAGACAAAAUCUUUUUUUCCUCUUUGUUUUUUUUUCUUUUUUCUUUUCACCUUUUUUAUUAUUUUGUUUUAUAGAAAUGUACUUUGCAGAAUAAUGGUUGCAUGUUUCACUACAAGGCCUAAACAUAAAUCAGAGUUUUAACCUUAUCCGAUGGCACAAGCGAUGAGAGAGGAUGAGACAGAUGACCCGUUUCCCUUCUUUUGUUUCCACACCUCCCCCCCAGCACAUUCUGCUCUGCUUCUAGAUGCCCCAUUGACACCGUGCAAUAGCUGACCAGCCACUUCUUUUGACCGUACUGCCUGUAAAAAUUCUCUUACAAUCUAAUCACGCUGUUAUUCACAUACUUAUGCACACACGCACCUACAUAUAUCGAUGAUUCCCACAAUGCUAUCUGGCCAGUCACGGUGAGCCUUUACUACUUUGUUGGCACAGUUCUUUUGGCACAGUGUGAGUGUGCGUGCCUGAGUGUCUGUCAGUCAGCAUGCAUGUUUGAGAAUGCAAAGGAACCUAUGCCGUGACACUGCAUUCAUGUAGUGAGAAAUUAAUUGCACCCCUUCAUUUUAGUGCACACUUCCACUUAAUAAGAUGAGUAGUUGUUUAUUUGCCCCAUCCCUUUCACAAAUAUGAGCCUGAGGCUCGCGCUCUCUCUCUCUCGCGCUCUCUCUCUCUCUUGCUCUCUCUCUCUCACGCUCUCUCGCUCUCUCUCUCGCUCUCUCUCUCUCUGGUUUUAACACACCCAGGUGUUUCUUACUCCAUGCCUUGCACUAAUUUUGUUCAUGAAUUUAUCUGCUCUAAAUACAGCCAGAGUGAUAUAAAUAUAUAUAUAAAUAAUUUACUGUAAAUAGGGUGUUGCAAUGUAGUCUACUUUUCCAUUUACCGUUGCAGAACUAAUGCUUGAUAGGGAGUUGUCUAGAUAAUCAUUAAAAAAAACUGUACAGUAACCAGAAACUGCUUUGAUAGGGGUUUGGACUUAUGUUUCUUUUUUCACAAAAUGGUUAAAUUAUAAUCAAUGGUGGUCUUAUAAAUGUAUGUAGUGUUAUUAACAAAAAGAAAAUAAGAAACAAACAUCCAGUU